AUGGCAUCCGAAAAGAUCACCGCAAUAGACAUGAUAGCUAUCCCUAAAGAUAAGCUUGCUACCCAAGCCGGCUUCAAAGACGGCGCCACAGCUAAAGUCCACUACGAACCACUUCUUAAUCGUAACCACGGCCACGAUUACGGCGGAGAUGCCCCCCCAAAGCGACAAAGCCUACACGACAAUAAGCCCAAGACUGUGGCAACUGAAGACGGAAACAAACGGUAUGCCCGCAACCCAUACGACCUGGAUGAUGGAGAGGUUGAAUGGUCAGCUCAAUAUAGUAGGCUAGGCUAG